GAUUUUGAUGAUGGAUUACACUUAGAGAAACAUUUUCGACAGAAAUGGCUGCCAACCUGCUGACUGUUGCUAAGGAUGAUGAGUGUCCAUGGCAACCAGAGAUAGUUGACUCCAAGACUGAUGUGACAUUGGAACCUAUGGACAGCAUUCUGGAAGAGUCCAGUAGUGUGUUACCAGGGGCUGUUGCCACGGUGAUGUCCGAUGGCGGGGUUAGUCCUGGAACAUCAGGACCUCAAAUACUGGAGGCUUGUGCAGAGGCGAUGAUACAACACUCCAUAGAAGAAAUGGAAAGUGACAUAACUCCUCCUCUGUGGGCUGCUACAGAAUCUUCCCAGAUUGUCAUGGAAACCGGCAGCCAAUCAGAUUCACAUGCAGGCUUUGUCAGACCAGGUUCCCACAAUAGUCCCCAGGUUUCUGCGAUUUUAACCCAAAAUAUUGCGUAUUGUGAUGACACGAUUACAAGAGAAAUAUCGCCUGUGGUUCCCAUCUCCAGCAAUUUAACACCGAUUGCCACAGAUAUCACUCACAAUCCUCUAUUUUGUGACAUCCCCGCCUCUGCCCUGUCACCGAUUGCUGGCAAUAUUCCAAAUGCUGUCACUUACUGUGAUGAUGUUGUUCCGUCAGAUAUGGCUGCCAAUUUUCGUAACUAUAUGACACAUUUGUCACAACUGUCGCCUGAAAAUGAUAACAGCCGAACCCCUCUGCUGGAUCCUCAAUCUGGAGUUACCCGACUUCUUCCUGGGAACACUGCAAACUGGGCCGAGGAAUCAGUGGAUAUGUGUUCCUCAGACAGUGAAUCAGAACCGGAUUGCGGACUUGCAUGUGAAUUUGGUCAGAGCAGGACACAUGGUCGACAACCUGCUAGAUCUCAUCGUACUAGACAUUCAGAGGAUACCAGUUAUGAUUCUGUUGGGCCGAGUUUGGGACAUUCGCGUCGUAACCCACAUUUUCCAUAUGAAUCGUGUUGCCUGGAGCGAUACACCACGAGAAGCAUGGCACGACCGAUCCGAAGAUCCAAUGUAUGAUUCACUUAAUCCUUAUGCUCUUUUCAAUCUGCCAAAAUCAAGCCAAAGAGGGAAACGCAAGCAGAAAAUGCACUCGUGUACGUGCCGUUUAAGGGGAUCAGAUCGUAGAAGUAAUGAU